UAUAUCUGGUUUCCCUCCCUGCAGGUUGGAGAUGGUGGUACAGUCCAGUCUGUCACGAUCCCGGCUUAUUAGACAGACGGCUGACGCCGUGAGCUGCGUUUCGCCUCAGGAACCGGUGCUUGUUUUGUGUCUGACUGCGACAAAUAUAUGUUACAGUUUAGCUUUUUUAAUUAAUCAAAGAUGUCGACCCCAGCUAGACGGCGUUUAAUGAGGGACUUUAAACGGCUCCAGGAGGACCCCCCGGCUGGAGUGAGCGGUGCCCCGUCGGAAAACAACAUCAUGGUCUGGAAUGCGGUCAUUUUUGGACCUGAGGGAACACCUUUUGGAGAUGGUACCUUCAAGCUUACAAUAGAAUUUACUGAAGAGUAUCCAAACAAACCUCCAACAGUUCGUUUUGUGUCUAAAAUGUUUCAUCCCAAUGUUUAUGCAGAUGGUAGUAUAUGUUUAGACAUUCUUCAGAACCGCUGGAGUCCAACUUAUGAUGUAUCUUCAAUCCUGACGUCUAUACAGUCGCUGUUGGAUGAGCCAAAUCCGAACAGUCCAGCCAACAGCCAGGCGGCACAACUAUACCAGGAGAACAAGCGCGAGUAUGAGAAGCGUGUGUCUGCCAUUGUGGAACAGAGUUGGCGUGACUGUUGACAGCCAGGACUGGAUGUCAGUGUAGGACAUGUAGUGCCCUGGUGCGACCUUGAGAGCAGCAUCAAGAGGAGGAGUAACGGUCUUCAGACAGAAUACUAUGAACACAUCACAUCGUGUGCGGUCAACCCUUCCUCUCCAUGAACCCUCUCCCAUGCCAUCCUUUUCCAUAGGACCAUCAGUUGUGUAAUUGUUUCCAGGUAGAGUGCUGUUGUCUCUAACCCACCUGCCAGAACCUUCUUUCUGGACAAGUUCACGCUUUCACUGAAGUAAAUGUACCAUGUUGUACCUGGGUUAUAAGUAUCACUUUUUUUUUUUUUUUUUUUUUCUUUGGUCCUUUCACCUUCAAAGGUUUUUACUUUUUGUUGCAGCAUUUUAUUUGGGUUUUAAUUGGUUGCUUCAAUGGUGAGGUUUGACCAAAGUCUGCUGUUCAAGAUUGUGUGAUCCUGUUUUAAUUUUUUUUUUCUCCUUCUUCCAGUUAUGUUCCCCUUUGCCCAUGUUUAUUUCAGGAUGCUAGCUGCUGUGUUCACAUUAAUGUGAAUUACUUUGUCCAGUGGGGGUUCCAAAACACUUGUUACAUUUUCUUGUACUGUGAUAUGUGAAAUUAUGAUCAUGAAAGCUAAAGCACUGCUGAAUGUGUCCAACACUGGCAAUAUGUAAAAGCAAGUUAUGAACUUUAGAUUUUCAAGUGGAAAGGUUUGAAAGUGUUCUGUGGCUCAGGCCAUAUUAGGUUUUGUUAAUCUAAUGCAGUUAUGGCUGUAGCUCACUUUGUGUGCAUAUACUUCCUAUGCACAGGCUGUGUCCACUCAUCCUAUUCAGCUACAUGAUUUGUUUGCACUUGUCUUCCUUGGCAAUCUGUCCCAUCUUCAGUACACAACCUUACCCACCAGUGUGUGAGCAUGUUAGCUUUGGCAGAUGUAGAGGAACUCCAAAGGAAGGACUCUACAUGCAAAUGAGGUUCCAGGGUCAGUGUGUAUAACAUCACUAGUAACCCAUGUCAGAAGCUGUACCUUUUUCUUUUCUUGUAAAUAAAAAAGCAAAAUACUA